AUGAGUCUGGUGGAGAACAGUACAGAGGUGACUGAAUUCAUUCUUACAGGGAUAACUGAUGACCCAGAACUGCAGAUCCCACUCUUUAUGAUAUUCACUCUCAUCUACCUCAUCACUCUGGUUGGGAACUUGGGGAUGAUCAUGUUGAUCCUGCGGGACUCUCAUCUCCAUACGCCUAUGUACUUCUUCCUCAGUAAUCUCUCUCUGGCGGACGUUGGUUAUUCCACAGCUGUCACUCCCCAAAUGGUAGCUGGAUUAUUUAUAGGAAACAAGGUCAUUUCUUACAAUGCAUGUGCUGCUCAGAUAUUCUCUUUUGCAGUCUUUUUCAAAGUAGAAAAUUUUCUCUUGGCCUCAAUGGCCUAUGAUCGCCAUGCAGCGGUGUGUAAACCACUACAUUACACCACCAUCAUGACAACAAGGGUGUGUGCAUGUCUGAUCAUAGGUCCCUAUGUCCUUGGUUUCCUGCAAGCCUCCAUCCACACUGGGGACAUAUUCAGUCUCUCUUUCUGUAGAUCCAAUGUGAUGGAUCACUUUUUCUGCGAUGUUCCUCCUCUCCUGACUCUCUCAUGCUCAGACAACUACAUCAGUGAGAUGGUCUUAUUUGUUUUGGUGGGCAUCAAUGCCCUCUUUUCUAUCCUGGUCAUCUUAAUCUCCUACCUGCUUAUAUUGAUCACUGUCUUGAGGAUGCACUCAUCUAAAGGACACCAGAAGGCCUUUUCCACCUGUGCUUCCCACCUCACUGCCAUCUCCAUGUACUAUGGGACAGGCAUCUUCAUGUACUUACAGCCCAGCUCCAGCCAUUCCAUGCACACAGACAAAAUCGCAUCUGUGUUCUAUGCCAUAGUUAUUCCCGUGCUAAAUCCACUGGUCUACAGCCUGAGGAACAAAGACAUCAAGACUGCCUUUAAAAAGGCUUGUGGGAAAGCUAAGUAUUUUAUAGGAUUCAUAUUCUAA